GGCUUCUCCCCCGCCAAUCUUGUGUAUACCUGCGGGCGUCGGGCAAUCCUCGACUGGGCUGGCCUGGCAUCAAAGUGUUCCUUACUUAAUCCUUACGACCGCGCUCAUUUCUAUCUUUCCAGCAUGGAAACGACUCGCCUGCAACGAUGGCUGAAGAAAAUUGAGGUGUCGGCGGAGCCUGGACUGUCUAAUACUCAGUUGAUGUUGAUGAACCGUGAUCUACAACCAGUGGAGUAUGAACGUCGACAAUGGAGAUGGUACAACUUCGUUGCUUUUUGGAUAGCAGAUUCUCUCAAUAUUAAUACGUGGAUGAUUUCCUCCUCUAUGAUUGUGGAUGGGCUGUCCUGGUGGCAGUCAUGGAUCUGUGUCUGGGUUGGGUACUUCAUUGCGGCAUGCUUUGUCUGCUUGACUGGUCGCAUCGGUGCUGUUUACCACAUCUCCUUCCCAGUCGCCUGCCGCGCGAGCUUCGGAAUCUGGGGCUCUUUUUGGCCCGUUUUCAACCGAGCUGCCAUGGCUGUGGUGUGGUACGGUGUCCAAGGCUACAUUGGAGGCGAGUGUGUGACCCUCAUGAUACGAUCUAUUUGGCCCAGCUACGCCAAUCUGCCCAACGGUAUCCCUGCAAGUGCCGGUGUCGACACGAAGGACUUUCUGAGUUUCUUCCUAUUCUGGCUGCUAUCUCUGCCCGCGCUCUGGUUUCCCGUGCAUAAGAUCCGUCAUCUCUUCACUGUCAAGGCCGUGUAUUCUCCUAUCGCUGCGAUCGCGUUCUUCGCUUGGGCCAUCUCCCGCGCCAAUGGGAUUGGUCCAAUCGUUCACCAGCCUGCCACAGUACACGGGAGCGUCUUAGCCUGGGCCGUAGUGAAGUCUAUCAUGAGCUGUCUGAGCAAUUUUGCCACACUGAUCGUGAACGACCCGGACUUUUCCCGGUUCUCGCGGACCCCGAAAGAUGCGCUAUGGUCCCAAUUGCUUACCAUUCCUAUCGGUUUCGGGAUCACUUCCUUCAUUGGUAUUAUCGUCUCGUCGUCUUCAGCGGUUAUCUUCGGAGGUGACUUUGUAUGGAACCCCUUGAACUUGCUGGGCAAGUUUUUGGACGGGGCCAGCUCAGCAGAGCGUUUCGGGGUUUUCAUCAUAUCAACAGGAUUCGCUUUGGCACAAUUGGGUACCAAUAUUUCCGCCAAUUCGGUCUCUGCAGGUACAGAUAUGACGGCCCUUCUUCCUCGCUACAUCAAUAUUCGCAGAGGAAGCUACAUCUGCGCCGCGAUCGGCUUGGCCAUGUGUCCAUGGAAACUCGAAUCGUCCUCUAACCAAUUCACCACCUACCUCUCAGCGUACUCUGUCUUCCUCUCCUCCAUCGCAGGCCCCAUUGUGUGCGACUACUACAUGGUUCGCAAGGGUUACCUGCAAGUGAAGGAUUUAUACGACGCAGGCCGAAGCUCCCCUUAUCACUACAUCCGUGGCUUUUCCUGGCAUGCGUAUGCCUCUUAUAUUGCAGGCAUUCUUGUCAACAUCGUGGGGUUUGCCGGGGCUGUGGGCCGCGACGUGCCCGUUGGCGCGCAAUAUCUAUACAACAUUAACUACUUUUCCGGCUUCGUCGUGUCGAGCGUGAUGUAUUAUGCGUUGACGCUUCUCUUCCCGAUUCCUGCCACCAGCAACACAUGGCACGAAGUCAAAGUCGAAGGUGUUUUGUCAAUUGCGGACGGGGAGGAUGUCUAUGCAGAGGAGGAAACCCCUACGGCAGAACCGGGGGACUUUAAGUCGGCUGUUGACCAGAAACAUCCAAAGUCCCGGGCGUCCUCACUUGCAUGAUGAUGAUGAUGAUGAUGAUGAGACAAGACUUGCUUUUUUAGCGAUAGUACACUAAUGUGUCGCCCGAUAAUGACCCACUAUCUUUGUAUCAUGAUACACAUAAUGGCGCAGAAUGACAGAACCCUCACUCGGCGUGCAGUCGGGUUAUUCUUGCAUUUCCACAAACUGUUUGAUGAUUGGUUUCGAGAU